AUGCCGUCGCUCAUAUUCCCCCGUGAAUCCAUUUUGGAGAAAGCCGGUGGCGUUCGCGAAUCAUUUAGUAGCUGGGAUAACUGCAUGGCCAAAACCUAUUGCAAAUGGCCAGUCAUCGUCGGCAUCGUCGUCGGCUCGCUCGUCAUCUUCUCGAUCCUGUUCUGCGUCGUCCGAUGCUGCUGCUGCGGACUCCAAUGUUGCUGCGGAAUCUUCUCCUGCUGCAACGCAUGCUGCCCUUCUCCAAGGGGCAAAGGAUACAAGAAUCAAGACUCGGUUCCUCCUCCUCAACCUUACCAUCAAUCACCGGCGCAAUACCAAAAAUCGGCGCAAUAUGGGGCGCCAGCCCCGAUGCAGUACGACAACCGACCACAGUUCGCUACGUUCGAUUCGUCCAAGAAUGUGAACGAAGAUUCGCUUCCCGCCAUGCCGUCCUGGGACAGCGCGCAUUCACGCAAAGUCGAGGUGGCCCCUGAAGCCCACGAAAUGCGACCUAUGGACAUGAACAGCUCCCCUGGCGCCGCCGCCGCCGCCCUUUCACACAAUUCUCCAUACCGCGGCGACGGAUACGGCGCUGGCGUGGGCCGACAAAGUCCCGGCACCCCCGGCAUGGACACGCGCAAUCAAGCCGCCUCGUACUACGCCGGCGCAGGCAGCGUGGCCGGAUCGGACGGCUGGGGCCACAAUCAGCGCAGCGACAACCUGAAUCAGUACGGGAUGCAGGGCCAGGAGAGCGGCGUCUACGGCCAAUCUGCGCCGUACGGGUCCGCUCCCUACCAGCAGCAACUGCGUGUGGGAAGCGCGAGUCCCCCGGGUGCGUAUGGAGCGGGCUACGGUGGCCACUCGUCGCCCAGUCCAUCAUAUGGGAGGCAUGACAGCCCGAGCGUGUCGUAUCCAUCGGACAAUCGAGCGCACGACGAACCGGCCCCGGAACCGCAGAGCUUCGUCAACCCCUCGCGGCCGGGCCAGUUUGCGGACGACCAUGCUAGAAGGCCGGCAAAUGGGGGUUAUAGAGACGUGUGA